GCGAAGCUUCCACAUGCUGCCGGUGUGUUUAGCGCGCACUGCGAGUGCCGCCUACGAUACAAAGCUAGCCUGAAGCUUCAUUAUUGACAGGUAAUGCGAUGCACCAAGUACAAGCGCUAGUUGCGUGCACGGGCAUUACGGAAACGGCAGACGAGGGCGCCGUCAGCCGUCAGCCAGUUGUCACGGUAGUCUGUUACCGAGGUAUACUUGAAGCUGACCAAGCUGAAGCGGGCAAAGCGCUGGCGGUUUGACCGCGUCGCAUGUGAGACGAAUGGCUCACUUCACAUUCCUUGUGUACCCUACAAACCCAGCCGCCAUGCUCCCCAGCGUCACGGGUGAAGGCGGCAGGCGGCCGUCCUCGCCGGGCGGUGCCGGGCCGCCCUCUGCGGGCAGUGUUUGGGAUGGCGCCACGAGCGGCAGCAAGCCCCGAAUGGGGGGCCCGGCACCCGGCGCCUCCGUCCUGGGGUCGCUGCAGCUUCCUCAGGUCAGCGCCAGCCCUGACCGCCAGCGCCCAACUCAGAUGAGCCCCGCGCGGCGCCGCACCGACACCGCCACGCUGCAGCAGGUCUACGGCGUAGCAGCCCCGGCCGCAGCAUCCGCCAGCCCCGCCGCUAGCCCGCAGCCGUUCGCAGAGCUGACGCUGCGACGCGCGAGCAGCAGCGGCUUCGGCGGCCUGGCCCUGGGGCCCGUGCAGGCGCCCAUAGUCGGCUUUGGCCGCUCGAGCCUUACUGGCAUGCCCAGUGGCGGCGGCAUGGUUGCCGAGAGCAGAACUGCAACUUCAGAGUUCUGUACCGGUGCUGAUGUCUACGCCAACCCGGGUGCCGUUCACGGUGGCAGCAGCUUGGGCCACGCGGCUACGAUGUCGCAGCCGAACAACCGUGGCCCGGCGCCACCAUCCGGCGGCGGCGCCGCCCCUGGUGCUGGCGGCGGCGUGCAGUCGCCAGUCCCCGGCUCGAAUCCCACUGCGCUGCGGCGGCAGCUGCCGAACCUCUCUGCCAGCUUCAGCCCGGGCGGGCGAAGCAGCAGCAACCCGGGGCCAGCAGCUGUAGCAGCCUCAGCUGCGGUGGCUAAUGCCGGCUCCGGCCGGGCAGACAGCAGCCCCCGGCUACUGCCGGGCGGCGGCGCCGCCGGCAGUAGCAUCAGCCGUGCCAGCGCCUCGCCUCAGCUGCGGCGGCAGAGCAUUGCUGGUGGCGGCAUGGGCUUGGGCGACCACAGUCCUGCCUCGCCCAACCUGAUGCUGCCACAAGGCGGGGCACUGGCGGCAGCGGGAGGUGGAGGUGGAGGCGGGGGCGGGGGAUCCAACAGUCGGCCACGGCCCCGACCGCCGCCGCUACAUGCGUUUGAGGAGUCGCCGCCGACCAGUGCCCUGCCGCCGAACACUGCCGCCACCGCCGCCACCUCCUCGCCUCGCGCCGUGCGCGGCCAGCAGUACAUGACCCACCCCAGCCGGAUGUCGUGCAGCGGCCUGCCCUCCUACACGGGGGCCGGGGCAGGAGCCGGGGCUGACGCGGCAGGCACCUUGCCGGUGCUGGUGCCCGGGGCGGGGCAGGCCUCAGCGGCGGUGGCCAUCAUGCACGCCUCCAGCUCGCCAGACCCGCUGGAGGCGCGGCUGAGUCGCCUGGAGGAGCGGGCGGAGGCGUGGGAGCGCGAGCGACCAGGCCGGGUCAGCCAGACAGGCGCCGGCAGCGGCGGGGCAGCAGCAGCGGCCCUGAGCAACCGGCGGAUGGAGCGGCUGUCGGGCGCCGCGGAGGGACCGGGCACUGGCGCCUGCGCCGACGGCGCCGGCGCCGGCGCCGGCGUUGGUUCUCCGGGCAAGGGCAGCGGUGCCGGCGCUUCUGGCGGCGACGGCGAUGGCGGUGGGGCAGAUGGGCAGCAGCUGUCACAGCUGUCAGCUACGGUGGCAGAGCUACAGAGACGUGUGGAGGAGCUGACUGCGGCAGCGGCGGCCACGGCUGCAGCAGCAGGGGCCUCGAGCGUUGCAUCUUCGGCCUCGGACGCAGCCUCGGCGGCCGGCAGUAGCAGCCGCAGCGGCGACAGCUGUAGCAGCAUCAGCAGUUUGGCGGCUGGAAAGCGUGACAGCCGCGGAUCAACAGGCGCACCGGGGCCCGAUCUGACGGAGCGGCGGUUAGUCAUGCUUGAGAACCAAGUACGGCAGUUGAUCAUGUCGGGCGCCGCCACUGGCGGCGGCGGCGGCGGUUGUAGUUCGAUGGAGCAUGCGCCGCCGCUGCCGCCGCCAAGCGCUGGCGGGCGGUCAUUGCUGGCGGGUAAGCCGGCGCCGUCCGCUGCGGCGGCCGGCAAGGGGCCAGGCACGGGCGCGAGCUCUGACGUCGGAGAGAGCGGCGCCGUGGCCGCCGUUGCUCUGGCCCUGGGCUGCGUGGCGGCCACGGUGGUGCUCGGGCAGCACCGGCGGCGGCGCCGGGCUCGCGGCCGCCAGUCCGACGGCGACCGGCGGCCGUCCGAGGGCGGCGGCCGCCGCCAGUCGGAGGCCGGCUCCAAGCGUGUCUCGGGCACGGGCGGCCCAGCAACCUCCGCCACGCCUACCCUGCCGCGGCCGCCCCAUCGCCCCGCGGGCCGCGGCGGUGCCCUCAACAUGGUGCCGCCGACGCGGCCCGCAGUCGACGCCGGUGCCGGCGGCGCCCUGACGACGGACGCAACGACCGCCGGCGCGGCGUCACCCGGGGCCGGAGCCGGGGCCGGAGCUGGCGGCGCCGUCCGCGCUGCCAGGGUCGAGGCCCCGGUGGCGGAGACGCAGCAGCGGCUGGAGAAGCUAGGGAAGGGUUCAGCGACUCUGGCGGUGCGGCUGCGGGAGUUGGAUCGGCGGCUGCCGGAAGCCGCCGCCACCGCGGCGGCGGCGGCGGCCCAGGCGGCGGCGCAGACCGCCGCCACUGUCGCCGUGUCGGCGGCUGUGUCCCCUCUGGAUGCCAGGCUGCGGAGCCUGACGGCACGUGUCGCCGCUGCCGAGAGCGCCGCCGCCUCCGCCGGUGCUGCCGCCGGUGCUGCCGCCGGUGCUGCUGUUGCGGGUGCGGCGGCUGCUGGCUCUGGUAGCCCUGGUGGCGGCAGCGCUGCCGGUGCCGGCAUGACACGCCGUGUCGGUCGGCGCAGUGAUGCCGGCGGCGGCGGCGGCGCCGCCGCCGGUAGCAGUCCAGGCGGCGCUGGCACGAAGGCGGCGCCUAGCAGCCAGCAGCUGCAGCUGCAGCUGGAGGGCCGCGUGGCGUCUGUGGACGCCGCCUUGGCGGAUCUAGCAGCGCGCGUGGCGGCGGCUGAGGCGGCGGCGGCGGGCGGUGCAGAGGAGGUGGCUGGGCUGAAGGCGGCGCUGCAGGCGCUGCAGCAGCGACAUGAGCAGGAGCAGGAGCAGGAGCGGGCGGCGGCAGCUGCAGCUGCGGCGGCGAAGGCGCAGGCGGAGGCGGAGGCGUCGGGGGCGGCGGCGGCAGCAAGUGCGUCUACGGAGCAGGAGCCGGUGCUUCUGGAGAUGCGUCAGGCGUUGGCGGCGAUGGAGGAGCGCGUGCAGGACAUGGUGCUCAAGGUGGUCAGCGCCCAGGCACAGGCCUCCUCCGCCACCGAGGAGGUGCAACACCUGCUGGCCAGCAUCCGAGCCGCCACCGCCACCGCCAACACAGCAGCCAGCACAGCCAGGCAAGCGCUGGCGGCGGCCGAGGAGGCCGGCGCGGCGGCGGCGGCCGCUGCCGAGGCCGCCAGCUCCGCUGGCGGCGCCGCCGCCGCGGCGGCGGCGGCCGUCGCCGCCAGCCAUCUGGUCACCGGGCCCCAGGGCGCCUCACCUAGCAUGGCGCGAGCCCGGUUCAGCAACGCCGGCAAUGGCAAUGGAGAUGGGCCCGGUAGCACCAUCAGCCUGGAUAGCAACCCGCCGCCGUCGCCGUUGGCGCGUGCGCAGUCACAGCGCUCGCCCCCAUCCGCGUCGCCGCCGGCUGGAAGUGGAGGGCCCGAUGCAGAUGGAGAUGGAGGCACGGGCGGCAUGCAAGCGCCGGCGCCGACGGCCUCGGACGCGGUGCAAAUGCCGCUGCCGCUGCCGGUUUCGCCGCCUCCGGCGGGGCCUGCUGACGACGGGGGCGGCGCCGCUGCGCAGCUGGUGCUGAGCCACGGCGGCAGCGGCACUGGAGGCGGUGGUGGGUUGUGGCCUGCGCGCUCGGUGCGUGCGCCUGCUGGCGGAGGCGGCGGUGCUCCGAGAGGCGUCAGCUUCCGCCUGGCGCCCGGAGUGCAGCUGCGCUUCAGCGUUGACGGCACCACCGGCGGCGCCGACGAUGACGACGACGACGAAACCGACAGCGGUGGCGGCGGCAACACGACUGCUGGCGGCGGCGGCGGUAAUGGCGACGGGCCGGGCUCAGUCCGCAGUGUCACGUCGGUUGCGCCCAGCGCCCACGGCUAUCUCAGUUCCGUCGGCGCGACGUCGCUAGGCGUCACCGCCACUGACGGCGGCGGCGCCGCCACCUCUACUGGCGCCGCCGCCGGCAGUAUCACGGGUCCGCUACUGCAGCACAGCGCCUCCCGCGGCUACAGCGGCCUGGGCGGCGGCUCCAUGAGCACGGUGGGGGGCGGGGCCGUGGCGGCGCAGCAGCUGGAGCAGCUGACGGACAGGGUGGGCGACCUGGAGGCCAUUGUGGACGACCUCAGGAAAAAGGUGAACAAGGGCCUGUCGAUGCGUGUCACACGCGACGAGCUGCGCGAGUCCAUGGCGCACAUAGACAGCCGCAUUGACACCGCCGUGUCGCGUGCCACCUCACGAGCCACCUCGCUCAAGGGCCGCGCUGGAGCGGGAGCAGGCGGCGGCGGAGGCGGAGGGGCAGAGGAUGAGGUGUCGGCGCGGGCGCUGCGGGCUCGGCUGGAGGCGCAGCACCGGCGCAGCACCGGCGGCAACGGCGACCAGGUUGGCGCCGGUGGCGCCGGAGAGGACGAGCUGGACGGAGUGGCAGCGGAAGAUGUGGAGGGAAGGGGCGGGGGCCAGGAGGUGGGAGACACGGAGGAUGGCGAGGAGGGAGGUGGAGGAGGUGGAGGUGGAGGCAGGCCGCGUGCGGCCCUGGGAGAGCCCAGCUUCAGCAGGGGGGUGGCGCUGUCUGCUGCCACCAGUGCCGCCAACAGCAUGAGCGGCCUGGCAGGGCUGGGGGCGGCCGAAGCGGAUGAGGAAGACGGGGAAGACGAGGGAGAGGAGGGGAGGGAAAUUGGAGUCGGAGGUGGAGGAAAAGGCAAGGCGGGAGCCGCCUCCGGCGGCGUCAGUCGUAGUGCGGACUCCAGUCCGCGGCGGCAGUGGCGGCGCGACGGAGGCGGCGGCGCCGCCGCGGUCGACAGCGGCGGGCUGGGCGGCGGGCUCACCUACACGGGCGGCCUCCGCACCGCCGAGUCCAGCAGGAGUGCCAGCCCGGAGCGCCUGCGCGGUGGCGGCGGCGGCGGCGGCGGCUUGGGUCCGGGCGGUGUGCGGGCGGCGCUGUCCGACCUGCAGCGCAGUGUGGACCUGUUGGAGCAUCGCAUGGAGGCUGUGGAGGUGUCGGCCCUGCGGCAGGCCGCGGGCGAGGCGCACGUGUCUGCGCUGGCCGCCACAGUGCAGCAGCUGCAGGCAGACCAGAUGGCGGCACUGCGGGCGGCGCGCGCCUCGCAGUCGGGAGCGGGAGCCGGCGGCAGCGGCAGCAACAACGGAGGAGGAGGAGGCGGGGGCGGCGGAGGAGGAGGCGGCGGAGGAGGGGCGGGUAACGCCUCCAUGUACCGGCGUGGCGUGUCAGCCAUGAUCCAGGACAACCCCGUGCUGCGCGGCUUUGACGAGCAGCUGGUGCUGCUCACCACCCGGGUGGACGUGAAUGAGGAGCUGCACACUGAGUUGGACAAGGAGGUGCGCCAGCUGUCAGCGCAGCUGGCACGGCUGGCGACCACAGGUGGAGGCGGUGGGGGCGGUGGUGGGAGCAGAGCGGCGUCCACUAGCGUUGGCCAUGGCCACAAGCCCCGGGGAGGCUCGGUGUCUGCGGGCAGGCAGCACGGCAGCACCAGCCCACACGGCGGCAGCAGCAGCCACGGCGGCUACAGCAGCCAUGGCGGGCAGAACAGCUCAAGUGGCGGGGCAGGCGGCGCUGGCCACAGGAGCAGCGGCGGGGGCAGCGCCGGAGGUGCAGGCGGCGGCGGCGGCGGCGGCGGCGGAGGGAGCACCAGCGGACAGCGGCAGGGCGGCAGCAAGGGUGUGCGCGCUGCGGCGUGAUGUGCUUCGCGCACUGCGGACUUUGAUCGGCUUGAGAUUCGCCAAGCGAGAAGAUACCGUACCAUUACGUUACGGGAAUUGAGAGCAAGCUCAUAUCUUGCUGCCUGGUACGCUGAGAGGAGGUGGUGGCAGUGGUACAUACACGAUCAGCGCUGGGUCGGCAUCGAGACCAGGGUAUGGGGCGGCUGUUGAGUUCAUUAGCUUGCACAUACGAUGGGGUGUUAGUGGGGUUGUGGGUAUCGACAGGGGCAUAGCAUGAACUCAUGUCAGCAUCACAGGCGAGAACAAGGAGGUGGCUGUGACCUCACAUAAAAAGUCAUCAGUCUAUUCUGUGGUUAUAUCCGUACCUGUUUGAACAAUCAAGUGUGCGUUCUUCAUGUUCCUUCUGCCGGCAUGCCUGCAAAGGCAUCAUAUGCGCCCUGGCCUUUGUUUAUUUGAUAUGCAUGGGGGCUUCGUUGCCGCGUUCACGCAACGGGGGGUUUUAAAGGUCUCCAAAGACUUGCUGAUCUGCGACAGGCCGCUGAAAAGCGGUGUGGCUGUGUGGACAUGCUAUGAUAUCAUAUACACGGUGCAUGCGUCCGCGAUGCACAUAUGGAGGGUAAAGGAGGCAGGCGGGGCCUGUAGUAUGGUGUAAGCGGGUGCACCCUGGAGCGUGGGUCCCAAGGGGUGCGUGUUCGCCGUCAUGUUGUCAUUCCCGAUAUGGGCUGGGCGGUCAUCCCCUUUGUGCGUUUUCGGCUAAUUUGGUGGCGAACCCCCCUAGGAUCGCCAGGUAUCCGUGCCUGCCUGCAACGGUGGUGGUGGAUGUGUGUGGCCUGGCCCCAUCAGCAGCAGCCGCAGCGGCACAGGGCCUGGCGGUGACAGCGGCCCUGGGCCCAGCAGUUGCGGCGUGCAUGUGCGUAGCUGAGGGGGCGAGCAAGGCCACUUGGAGGAGGGCAGCGCCCAAGAAGCGGCGCCGGCGCACAGGUUGAGGCCGGCCGGUGUCUAGUUAGGGUGUUUGCUGGCGAGCAUAGCACCGCGCAGUAUGUGGUAGGCCGCAGCAGUGAGAAGUGUUGUGGCUAGAGGAUUCCCCCUAGUUGAUUGCCCUGCGCUGGCUGUUCUUAUGCUUGACAGCGGGACAUGGCUGGACGCAUGGCGGGCCGUGCCUCUACGAACC